GUGUGGGGUUGCGGCUCCCGGUGCUGGCGGCGGCGGCGGGGGGGCUCCGGCCGUGCCCGGCCCAUGGCCCGGCCCCCGGCGCCUCCCGGGGCCCCGCGCUGCUUCGGGGCGCUGAGCACGGGGCAGCUGCGGGCGCUGCUGCAGGACGAGCCCCGGCUGCAGCGCGCCGUCCGCCUCAGCAGGAAGUUCCAGGAGCUGCAGCGGGAGCGGGAGGAGCGGCUGGCGGCCAACAGCGCUCUGGCCCGGGACAACCUGGCGCUGCGGCCGCGGCUGGAGGACGGGAAGGCGGCGCUGGCCAUCAAAUACCAGGAGCUGCGCGAGGUGCGCGAGGCGUGCCGGGCCAAGCUGCGGCGCCUGGAGGUGUACCUGGAGGAGUGCGGCCCGCAGCGCGCCCUGGGCCGGCUCCGAGCCGCGCUGGACGCGUCCGAGGAGGAGGCGGAGGCGCAGAUGCAGCGGUUCCUGGCGCACGAGGUGCCCCUCGAUGCCUUCCUGGAGUCCUUCUGCCGGAGCCGCGCGCGCUCCCACGUCUCUCGGACGCAGCUGGAGAAGCUGCAGGAGCUGCUGCAGAGGGGCCGGGACCCUGCGGGGGAGCCCCCGGGGCUCAGCCCGGCGCCGGGCCGCGGCACGGCCUCCCCCAGAGCCCUACAGCUGCGCUACGGCUUCGUGCCCGCCGUCCUCGUCCCCGCGGCGGCCGUGGUGCCCUUCGCCGUGCCGCCCAAGCAUCGUCUCCCGGCCCUGAGACAGCCGCCGGCCGCCCCGCACCUCGCCCCGCACGCGGCCCCGCUCAGUCCCCGGCCCUUCCGCCGUCGGGAGCCGGAGCCGCUGCAGCCGUAGAGGUGUGGGGCCGGGGAACGGCGGGCGCGAACUCCGGGAGCUGCUGCGUGCGGGGAAGAAGCUGCUGCAUCCGCUGCAGAAGUGGGGAGAGGGUGUGGGUCGGUGGGGUGGUGGUAGAGGGGAAAAGGGUCCAGGAGCACGAGCUGCUGUACGCUCCCCAAAUAAAUGCUCUGUUCUGCA